CCGUUACCCCCACCUCACACAAAGCUUGCACUUGUAAAGUUCACACUGAAAUAAAACUAACUUUUAAACAAGUUUAAGGGCAAAAUAAAGAGCUUUGUCUGUGUGAAAACCUAUGUAAAUCCUUAAAACAGCCAUGAAGAGUGUGUAUAUGUGAUCUGUGAUAUAGUUAAGUGUUUUGUGAGUUAAAAUUAGUUCCAAACAACAAAAAUGUCGGACUCUUCUUCAGCUAGUGGUAGCUCAAAAUCAGCUCCUCUCGUCUCUAUAAGUGAAGUGAGUGGAUUAUUCGAAUCUGCGAAGAAAUAUGAAGAGCUGAACGUGAUUGGCACUGGUGCCUAUGGAACCGUGUACAAAGCCCGUGACCUGCUCAAAGGCGGGCAGAUAGUUGCGAUGAAGAAAGUAAAGGUGGCGCUGACCGAGGAUGGGAUCCCGCUGUCCACACUGCGGGAGAUAGCACUGCUGCAACAGCUAGGGGCUUAUAAACACCCCAACAUUGUCAGGUUGCUGGACGUGUGUCAUGGCGGUCACUCCAUGGAGCGGGAGCAGCUGGUGCUGUUCCUCGUCUUCGAGCAUGUGGAACAGGACCUGGACUCGUACCUCAAGCGGGCUCCGGGACCGUUGUCAGAAAAUAGGAUCCGGAGCAUGUCUUACGACAUCCUCUCCGGCGUGGACUUCCUCCACUCCCACCGCAUAGUCCACCGAGACCUGAAGCCACACAACCUUCUGGUCACAUCUGAAGGCCGCGUCAAACUUGCUGACUUCGGCCUCGCCAAGACUUACGAUACAGAUAUGAAGCUCACCAGUGUGGUGGUAACCCUGUGGUACCGGCCUCCCGAGGUCCUCCUCGGAGUAUCCUACAACACCGGCGUGGACGUGUGGUCGGCGGGCUGCGUACUCGCCCAGCUGCACUCCCGGGCCCCUCUGCUGCCCGGGGCGUCUGAUUCCGACCAGCUGCACUGCAUAUUCAGACUGAUCGGGCGACCGCCCAGAGAAGAGUGGCCGGAGAACGUGUCCAUCGUAGCGGACAGCUUCCCGGAGUACCCCCCACAGGACCUGGCUGACGUGCUGCCCAGGAUACACCCCCACGCACUGGACCUCAUACGGCGCAUGCUGGUAUUCGACCCGGCCAAGCGUCUGACGGCGCUCGACUGUCUGGAGCACCCCUACUUCACCGACGAGCCCCUCACGUAACGUCUACAAAACAAUAACAAUAGUGCAGUUACUAAAGCACGGACGGCAAGCACGAAGAAUAUCGCACAUUGAUCCGCCAUUUCCUAUACUUCGUUUUUUUUAGCAUUAGAAAUUAGGUAAACAAUCUUGAUGUGUCUUAAUUGAAAAACACAUUUUAAAAAUAAGUUACGGCAAAUAUGUAACAAUUAUGAAUCUAAUACGAUCAUUUAUAUUCUCCUGCUUUCAUAAGUAAUUCUAAUUGAUUUUUAAAAAGCGUUUUUCAACUAAAAGACAUGCCAAGAUCGCUUACCUUCUUUCAAGUUCUUUCUAAUGCUAAAAAAAACGAACUAUAGAGUCAGACCAAGAAAAGUCUGCAACGAUUUUGAUAGCACGCGCAGUGCCCGUGUUAUUAUUAACGUGUCUUCUAUGAAAUUAUGGCGUAUAAAUGAAAUAACACUUGCACUGCGUAUGCUAUCAAAAUUGUUACUUUCGUUCGUCUAACUCUAGUAACUAAAAGAGAAGUUACAAUUUUUCAAAUAAUAUUUGUGACGUCCCACAGGUAAAGAUACCUUAUGGCGUUUGGCGCUUACGCUAUUAUUGACGCCGCUCCAAUAUUAUUGCGGUGCUAUGCUACGUAGGCGCCAGCCCCCAUAAGGUACCUUUUGUCGUGGAACGUCACAUUUUUUAAACCCAGUCCUACGUUUUGAGAUGUUGUCAUUUGAGCUUUACUUUAAUAAAAUAGUUAUAAGAUUGUUAAGUUAAUGUUUUUUGAUGCAAAAUAAUGCAAUUUUGAUAAGUACAUAAUUUUAGGUUAGAAUUUUUAAUAACUACUAUUUUUAUUAAUAAGUAUUUUUGAUACAAUCGCAUUUUUUAAUGUUAAGUAUUAAUUAAUGAUAAUAAUAAUUAAUGAUCAACAUAAUUGUACAAGAAUAAAAUGUUCCUUUUCGAAUUGUCGCCAAAUAAAAUUAUUUUUGUAUUUCAA